AUGUCUGUUUGUCUAGCCAUCACAAAGGGUAUCGCGGUCUCUUCGAUAGGCCUCUAUGCCGGUCUUUUGGCUUCCGCUACACUGAUCACAUCUACCACCCCGCUAGAGGUGGUGACAGGACCGUUAACUCCUACUCUACUGACUUUGAAAAAUGCGGCUACUGCUCUGGGGGCCUUUGCAUCGACUUUCUUUUGUAUGAGUUUCUUCGGCGCCCCACCUUCCUUAAGACACCCUUAUUUGCUGUAUGGUAUGCUUGCUGCUCCAUUGUCUUCGUUUGUUCUGGGGUGCGCGUCCCACUACAAAUCUAGGAAGUAUAAUAAAGUUUCCAAGGAAUCUUCUUUGCUACCCGAGGACAGCAAACCUGUCGUUCCCGAACUAAGCGAUUCCAUUAUUGAUUUGGGCGAGGACGCACACACUCCAAAGAACUCAACUCACGAUGAGAAGCCUGCCGCUACUACACCACCCAGGCCUGCAGAGGCUCUACAAACCGGACCUCCAAUCCACACCAAAAACCUAGUCGCAGCAACUGCUAUUGCUAUUCUUGGCUUCGUACAAGCCGUAGUAGGCGUCUAUGGCGAGGGUCAAUUUAUUUAG